AUGAGGGCCGGCGCGCUUCUUCUCGUCGCCUCCGCCGCGGGGGGGGGGGUGCACGCCAAAGGCGGCCGUUAUUUUCGGGGCAUCCAGGAUGCCGUGCAGAACGAGCUUCGGAUAUUCCAAGACAAGAACGGACUCGGCUUAGACGCCAUCUUCCUCUCCGAGGAAAACAUCCCGAGCCAGGAUGUUGAGAUAACAAGCGAGCCCACGUGCUGGAGGCAUUGGUCCAUCUUCUCGUGCACGUACACGUCCUUUCUCAACCGUACGCAGCUCACGAACCUCACGAGCGCAACCUACGGCGCGAUACGGCACGAGGAUCAAGCCUUUUCGGUGUACGAACAGCCCAACAAUUCCAGCGGUCCGAGGAUGCCGGCCAGGAUCGUGUCCAAGCAGUCGACGGCGGUCAUGAGGUCGGUGACCAAGGGUUGGAAGGUUGGCCUGAAGCUGUCGCAGAACCACAAGAUCAUGGGGCCGAGCGCCGUCCUGACCGGCGAGGGCACCUACGAAUACAGCAAGCAGUCGACGCAGCAGAGGACGGUGACGAGGGAGGUCUCCGUCGAGCACACUUGCCCGGAGGGUUUCCACUGCACCAUCGAGACCCUGACAUUCUACGCAAUGAUAUCGGGCACCUGCCGCGUCCACCCAACCAUGAAAUGCAUGAGCAAGGGGGGCGACGAGCGGGACGCAUGCCUCGGCUUCCGAAAGGUAAGCAAGCUCAGCAUGGAUUGCGACGGCGAUCUUGCCGCCAUGGAGAUGCAGUGGGGAACCAGGGAAACCGGCGAGGCCGUUUGGGAUGAAAAUGGAAAUCUCAUCCAGGUGUUUGAGUGGGACGACUGCAACGAGUGCGAGCAGACUUUGGACUUUUCCAGGACUCAUUGCGGCGGCAGGGAUCGCUACGUCGAGUUGCCGUGCACCAUCACGAUGCCGGUGCUCAAGGACAACGCGAUGCCGCACACCCACAUCAUCUUCACUCGCACUCCCAUCGAGAGGUUGGACAAGAGUCGGGACAAGAAUAGAGUCAAGGGCAAGGGCAAGGGCAAGAGCAAGGACAAGGACAAGGACGGCGACAGUGACAAGUACAGGCGAGAGAUUGAUGAGUCGAAACAGGCCCGAGGGUCCAAAAAGGCCCGAAAGUCCAAGCAAGUAUUUGUCGAGGCCAUUCGGAGGGAUGGAGACGACGACGAACACGUAGCCGAACACGUAGCCGAGCGUUAG